AUGGGUGACAAUCCUCCAAAAUCUCCCUCAAUUCACCCUGCCAUGACUGUGAAUAAUAUUCGCAGCGUAAUUCCCAUUACCCUUGAAUUCAAAAAUGUUCAAUACUCCUCUUGGGCAGAAUUAUUUAAAAUUCAUGAUCGUGCUCAUGAUGUUAUCGACCACAUCAUCCCUCCCAAGGAUAAAGAUGAAACAGCCGACACCGCUCUCUGGAUUCGAUUGGAUGCCAUUGUCCUCCAAUGGAUCUACAGCACGAUCUCUAAUGAUCUCAUGAACACCAUUCUCGAACCUAACUCUACGGCCCAACAAGCGUGGGAACGUUUGCAAGACAUAUUCCAAGACAACAAAAGCUCCAGAGCAGUACAAUUGGAGGAAUUAUUUUCAAACAUUGAGAUGAAAAAUUUUCCGGAUAUUAAUGCCUACUGCCAAGAGGUAAAAAUGAUCUCCGAUCAAAUAGCCAAUGUCGACGCUCCGGUCAACAAUCAACGCCUUGUUCUUACCCUCAUUCGCGGCCUACCCAAGUCAUAUGAUGGUGUGGCUGCCAUCAUUCAACAAUCCGAUCCUCUACCCUCCUUCUAUAAGGCAAGGUCAAUGCUAAGCCUCGAAGAGUCUCGCCUUGCGUCUCAAGCCACCAGCGAAGCCAUCACUGCCGGUUCUGCUCUAUUUGCUGCCGGAAACAAUUCCGGGAACCAAUCUGACGAUAAUCACUCCUCGAAUGACACUCAUGCUCGCCAAAAUUACCGCAAAAACAGGGGAAAUAACCGCGGCAAUCACGGUGGCCGGAAUCGCGGUGGCAGCGGCGGCCGUGGCAGGGGCCGGAACAACGGAGGUCGCAACCACCAACAGCCUCAACACUCCAACCGUGGCAACCAGCCGUGGUAG